AUGGCUGAAUUUUCCAAAUGUUCAUGUCCUCAGCCUACUAAGUGGUUGAAAGGAAAAAUGAUUGGAUCAGGAUCAUUUGGGAGUAUUUAUUUGGCCAUGGACAAGGCGACCGGAGGACUUUUCGUGUUAAAAUCUACAGACUCAGAGGCAGGAUUUAAGUGUCUUGAGAAUGAAGUUGAAAUUUUUGAGAAUUUGGAUUCACCCUAUAUUGUCAAAUUCAUUGGUAAAGAUUUGUCUUUUGAGGCAAAUGGUAAAAGAAAGUUGAAUCUUUUUCUAGAAUAUAUGACAGGAGGAAGUUUAGCUGAUGUAACAGAGAAAUUUGGAGGGUCAUUAGAUGAAGAAGUAAUUUGUUUGUAUACAAAAGGAAUUCUUAAAGGUCUAAAAUAUCUUCAUGAAAAUGGGAUUGUGCAUUGUGAUUUAAAGUGCAAGAAUAUAUUGUUAGGUACUAGUGGAGAAAUCAAAUUGGCAGAUUUUGGAUGUGCAAAAAGAAUAAAAGACAAUAAGGUAAAGGGAUGUACAAAAUCUUUAUCAAAGUCUAUUGGUGGCACUCCUUUAUGGAUGGCACCAGAGAUUUUGAGAAAUGAAGAGUUAGAUUUUGCUGCUGAUAUAUGGUCUUUAGGUUGCACAAUUAUCGAAAUGGCGAUGGGGAAAACACCAUGGGGAGGCGAUAUAUGUACAAAUCCUCUGGCUGCAGUAUUGAAAAUUGCUUGUAGUAAUGAAAUGCCACAAUUUCCAUCACAUUUUUCUAAUGUUGGCUUGGAUUUCUUGGCUAAAUGUUUGGAGAGGGACAGUAAAAAAAGGUGGAAAGUUGAACAAUUGCUUGAUCAUCCAUUUGUCUCAAAGAGUACAGAAAAAAUCAAGAAUUUAGAAGUUGCUAGUACACCUGCUAGUGUUUUAAAUGGUGGAAUUUUCUCUGGGAUGGAAUUCUCAGAUGAUCAAUCAUCAAGUGAUGAAGAUGAAUCAAUGAGUAGAAAUGCAUUAUCAACGAGACGCGAUCGCGAGUUUUGGAUCUCAAUAAGAGGAGGCAAAAUGGAUUUGGAAUCAUCAGAAAGUUGGAUCAAUGUGAGGAACUAG